AUGAAGUCCUCUGGUCUCUUUGCUGCCCUGAUAGCUCUCUCUGCCAUUGGCAUUUCCUCGGUAUCAGCAGCGAAAAUUCUUAUGGCGGGCGAUUCUACAAUGGCACACUGGAAGUCUUCUAUCCAAGGAUGGGGAACCCCCUUCUCACAAUACAUCGACCUCCCCAUAAUCAACCUCGCUCGUGGAGGCCGUUCAGCAAGGUCAUACUACCGCGAAGGCCUCCAGGCAGAACUCAUUUCCCAGAUCGAAGCAGGAGAUUAUGUCAUUCUUGAAUUCGGCCAUAAUGACGGUGGGAGCCCUGCGACGAGUGAUCGGGCUCCGACCUGGGGAGAUGGCGCACAAACCACCGUGGUCAAACUUGCCAACGGAACGGUAGAGACUGUGCAGACGUUCGUUACCUACGAAAAGUGGUUCAUCAGGGACGUCAUCGGGAAAGGAGGUUUCCCCGUUGUUUCCUCAACAACUCCCAACGGCGACGCCUGGAACCCCGCGCACACCGAAAUGCUAGCGCCGAACCGCUUCGUCCCAUAUGCUAAGAUGGCUGCCGGGAACUUUACAGAGGCGACAUAUAUCGACCAUUACGAAUUCGUGACGAUCGCCUUUGAAACCCUAGGAUACACAAACGUAUACCCGAAGUUGUUCCCUAAUGAUCAUACACACACAUCUCCGGAGGGUGCGGACAUCGUUGCUCAAGCGUUUGUGAAUGGGCUUAAAUGCACCAAUCAUCCGCUUGCUGGUUACUUGACGUAUGCAGGGAAUGCGUUGGAGAAGAAGUGCAGGUCUGUGGCCCUGUUUUUCUUUUCUUUUUCUGCCCAUGAGAGGAAUUUGUGA